AUGGAUAGAGAGUUCGAAUACCUAUCCUACGGGUCGCUGAACUCGAUCCGCCACAACCUUUCCCUACACAACAGAUUCAUGCGUGUACAGAACGAAGGUACCGGAAAGUCAUCUUGGUGGGUCCUGAACCCAGACGCUAAACCUGGCAAGUCCACUCGACGCCGUGCUAAUACUAUGGAAGGUGGACGCUACGAGAAGAAAAGAGGGCGAGUAAAGAAGAAACUGGAGGCGCUGAGGAACGGUCUGGACACGACACCUUCACCGUCCUCGUCGCUGAGUGAGAGCCUUGACUUGUACCCCGACUCCCCGCACACCCACCCGGUACACCCAGCCUUCAGCCAACUCUCCCCGCAGGACUACCGCCCACGGGCCUCCUCCAACGCCUCCUCCUGCGGCAGACUCUCGCCCAUCCCUGCCAUAGAGUCAGAUAUGCAUGACUCACAGGUGCCGCCCAUGUCUCCGGGUAUCGGUGGGUGGGGUGGGGAGUACUGGCCGCACCACGCCCACCCUCACCCACACCCCCACGACCGCUACGCCGACCAGCUAGUGGACUCUAUGGGAGAAGGACUCAAGUUGGGACCGGACUCGUGGGGCGGCCCUGCACGCCCACCCAACCCCCAGGACUGUAUGAAGCUCUCCCAGCUGUCGCCCCACGGCCCGCCCACACCACACAUGAACGGCUACCUCCCUCACCACCACCACACUCACCACCAACAGGGAUUCAACGCCUUUGAAGACUUUCACCGGUUCGGGCCUCUCAACCCAGCAGCCUUCCCACACCCGCCCACCCCCCAUCCACCCACCCCGCACCAGGACAAGAUGGCCACGUCCACACGCCAACACCCACACAAUAACUACUCCUUGACCAAUCUACAGGCCAUGUCCCCGGCGCACAGUGUCCACAGUCUGUCGCCGACGCAGCCACUAGGUGAGGGCCACUACCCAGGGCCCGGAGGCGAAGCCCACCAGCCCACCAACAACUUUACAACACCUCCCACCUCACAACCCCCGCACACUGCCCACUCAGCCCACUCCGCCCAUACUGCCCAUUCUGCGUCCAGCAGUGAGCCAAAUAUGCUCAGGGCAGCAUUAACCCAUCGUGAACAGCAGCAGCAGCAGCAACAGCAUCAGCAGCAACAACAACAGCAACAACAACAAACACACAGCAGUAGCCCCGGCAGCAGCGACACGGGGGGCGGGCCAGGCCCUGGUGUGCCGGGGGGCGGCUCCGGUGGUCCCGUGCAUAUGCCCGACUUUGUGGACUUCGACACUCCGAUACAGGGCGGCCUGGACUGUAACGUAGAGGAGGUAAUCAAACACGAGCUGCAGGUGGAAGGAAACCUGGAUUUCUCUUUCCCACAUGGACACCACGGCCACCACUCCCACGGUCACGCCCACGCCGUCGCCCACGCCCACGCCCACGCACACUCUCACCCAGACCCUCCUCAGAUGGCAGCACCACCUGGGAUGUCUUAUCCCUGUUCGUCCAUCGCGGCGGGGAACCAGUGGGUCCGCUAAAUGAUGGGGAAGUGGGCGGUUGGCCAAGACCUGCAGAUGAAGCAUCUUUCACUGGUUGGUGUCUCCUGCACCCACCGUGACGCCCACAUACAGUACAAGGGCGCAGCUUACACUGCUGUCAUGUUGCAGAGAACACCAAGUUUGUACUGAAUGACCGAGCUAGAAUAUGACCAAUAGUAAAUGUAUCUGCCUGAGAAGGGUGUGGGUGUAGGUCACACUAUGAGAGGGAGACAACCAUCUGCUGUGUGGUACGGCAGGGAAUGAGGACUUGUAUGAAGGGCGUAUACUUCAAGCUGCACAAUGAAGUACUUAGCCAGGAGUAAAGUGCCCUCUACCAUGUUCACUUGAACAUGGAGUCCUGUGGCUACCUUCUGUGCCCUCGAUAUCAGCUGAAUUAAGAGUGAGCUCCUCACACUGCCUCUGCUCACCACAUCAGACGAAGGCAACAAAAUGCCUGAACUGGAACAUUUUACUCAAGGAUUAUAAGCAGAGUCAUGAAGGGUGCCUGAGACAGUAGAUGCCAUCGUCUUGUCACAGUUCUAGGCAGUGAGGAGUGGGGUACAGUACUCUGUGGUGAGGACAACCACACAUCUGUAAUGUGGAUAUGCAAGUUUGGAUAUGUGAUGGAUAAUUUUCUAUAGUAAGGGUUGUGAAAAUGGAUUAUCAAAAGAUAAGUGGUAUUAACUGUACUGAUUUAACUCAAAAUUUUGAGUGUGUUGUGAUAGAGAUAUAUCUAUAGGAAUAAUGAUGGAGAAAUGUACUCAGUUAAGUGCAUUAUCCACAAAUGUUGAGAGGCAAACGAGGAAGAGACUUGCGUAGCGCUGCAGGCAGUGCGUGUGGAUCCGGCCAACGCUUAGGGUGGAUGUCGCCGACUAGUCUGUGACACUCAGUGACAGUCUCUUCAUCAAAAAAGGCUCUUGCACGACACUGUGACCCCAGCUGUGUAUUGACUAUGGGCAUAAAUGAAAAGGAUCACUAUUAUCCAUUUCUCCAUAGUCUUUCAAAUAAUUAAUAAGGGCUAGUGACUCCAAGAGACUGCCCACCAAUGUUUGUGGCUACCAGGUUGAGUUUAUAAGAGGUUUAACCACAGCAGUGUGUUAAAUAUGGGGCUGUUAAAUGCCAGACUAAACUGCCUUGCUCACCUCAACUCACACCGCCAGCGACAUGGUGCUUUUCAUGUAUCUUUUUGAAAUUUGUAAAAUCUUACUGAUUCAAGUGAGGAUGAGAUGAGCCACAUCACUUAUUCUUUAUAUUUUCGUAUAAUUGUUGCCACACUGUAUUUACCAGUAGGUGAUCUGACUAACCUCUAGCUAGCCAUUUAAUUGACUUGUGCAUUUAACAUUUCAAUACAGGGGACAUUAUUAGACGUAUUAACUUUGCACAAUUGCACUUUAUGGUCGUUGUUUUUGGAAGUAAAUUUUAUUCCAAGCUAGGGAGGUUGGCCAAGACACCAGUGAGUAAAGAUAUGGGAUUAGAGACACCAGUGGCGAGAAAAUUGUCCCUCAUAACAUGCUGUCUUCAAGUGUGACACACAAUACCUGAAGACAAAGUCAGCUAAGGAGUGAGCAGAGAACAGUAGACGUUUAUGUGUACAGUACUUUGUUUACCUAUUAUUUCCCUGUGCACAGUUGUAGUAUGUGAGUGGAGGCUGUAAAUAUCAUGCCAUUCUUAUCUUGUUGCUCAAAAAAAAUUUAAAUAUCAAAUUUUACUAGCAUCUAACAUUUAGCAUUCCUUGUGGAUAAAAUGAAUAAACCAACCUUAGCUACAUAGAUGAGUGUGGCGCUCCACUACACUGCUGGCCAGGUACUCCUCGUUUACCAUCGUGUGGACGUUAUGCUCCUCACUCUUGAUUAUGUGGUGAAUGUAAACUGAGCAUUUCAAGAAUUAAGUUCAGAGAGAGACUUAUCUUCCAGAGUAACAGAGACGUGACCGAUUGCCCGAGCGGUUAACGAGCCGAUCGGUGGUGAAGAGGAUAUAAGUAAAGUAAACAUAUUUAAUUCCAUUAACCAUAUCAUUGUGCUGAAAUAUGUCUUGUUAUUUGGUUCAGGAAGAUGAGUGAUUAAUGUUAAUUUGUUUUUAGUAAUUUCACAGAUUUAUCAGAAUACAGUUGUUAUUAGUAUGGUACUUAAUCAAAAUGUUUUACCAGCAGUGGUUGGCCAGCCAAGGCUCUCCAACAUAGUUCACUUGAGCGCUCACUUACAUUUACCACAUACACGGUCUGAGGGUCUGUGUGUAAACUCCGCUGGCUGGCGUUUGUACAUACUGUAAUAGAUUAUUCCUAUGUACAUACUUUUUUUAUGUCGUAGGUCAACUAGGAAACAGAGCCUUGAAGCAGUCGGCAGAAUUGUUAGUUUUGUAUCGUAGUACCGACUGAUUUAUAAUGUCACAAUCACAUAUGGACAUGGAUUCCUUUUACUGUAUCAUUCAUGUAUUGAAAUUAGAUCCUUUAUGUUGGUUCUGGUUAGUGUGUGACCUCAAAGUCUCCUCCGUGGAUCAUGUAUGAUAACAAAAUGCUUUACGCUGAUUCAUAUACCACACCAGAUUCAAUAUAUUGGGUCAUGUAUGAUAGUCUCCAUAUGCUGGUUCAUGUUUGAUGCAAAAUAUUCUAUGGUGAUUCUUACAGUAUAUGAGAUCAGGUUCUGUCUCUUGGUUCACUCCCUAAAUUCCUGUCAGCAUGUGCUUCUUGUUAUGAAGGGAGUGAACCCAGUCAAGCAUUUGAACCAUUUUAAUAUUAUUUUUUUUUUUAAUAUUAAUUGGCUGUGUUGAUGUUUAUUAUUAUUAUUAAAGUGGGUAAUUAGUAGUUAUUUAUCUACCAUUUAUUGUGUAUUUUUUUAUUAUUAAUCUUCAAAAUCUUGGUAUUUAAUGCAAAAAAAUGUGGUAGAGCAUCGUGUGUAAAACUGUAUAUGUGAUGUUAUGGGUUAUUGACAGAGGUAAUGAGAUGGCCAAUGAUUAAAUAUCAUAUUUUUACUAUAUAAGUUUGAGUUUGUAUGAGUUCAUCAUUAUAAAAUUCAACUUUGUUUAACAUAUUGUAAACUUGGAAGUUAGACCAAUAGCCAAGCAUCAAGUUCCCUGGAAAGCUUUUUCAGAACUGCUAUAUAAAUAUUCUGUAUGUAGAAUUAUGUAACAGUGUAAUUGUUUCUGUUAAAAAUUUGAUGUUAUCAUAGACUUGUUUUAAAUGACAUCGUUGUGUAAGGAAUUGUAUAUUUGAUUAAAACAUGCAAUUGGUCUAUAAGCAAAAGUACCAAUAUCAUUUGAGUAAAAUGACCAAUGUUUGGAAGAUUAUGCUAAGCUUUCAUUAUAGAAAUUACUUCACCAUAUCCCUUUGGACUUUACUGGCAGGAUUUGUAGCAUGACUCUGAAAUAGAGUUGAAAAACAUUGAUAACUUUUCAUGUACUGUACAGUGCUGUAUGAAAUGAAAACUGGGAAAGCACUUGAGUUUAAUGUUUUACAAUAAGAAAAUUCACUUGGACUGUGAAACCUGUUCUAAUAAUAUGUUUAUUAUAUACAAUAUACAGUGAACCCUCGAAGAUUCGGACUAAAAGGGGGACCACCUGCCCGGAAAAGCCGAUUGUCCGGAUUUUCCGGCAAAUAAUAAAUGAUAUAAGAAACACCAAAAAUACAGUACUAAUGUAGUGAUAAACAAAUUACCAUAUAUAAACCAGGCAUUUACCUAUGAUAACAUAAUAAGAAACAUUGUGUCAUUACUAGAGUGAAUUAUAUAAUAUUCCCACAAACAACAAUUGUCAACUCGGUUUAUGUUUCCCACCUCUGGCACCGUGUCCAAGCAUCUGAUGGGUCAAGCAACGCCCACAUGCCUAAAAUGUUCUUUGCUCUGGUUUGGGAAUGCUUCUUAGGGAAACUUCUAGGACACUUCUUAACCCAGAACCCCAAAAUUUAUUGUCUGGAUCUACCAAAAUCCGGAUUUCCCGGGUCCGGAUCUUCGAGGGUUUACUGUACUGAAAAAUACUGUGAAUAACUGGAGAUAAAAACUAAAAUUCAUUUAUAAUACAAACCUACUGUUUUCCAAUACAGUAAUGUAUGUUGUUCAAAUAAUAAUGUUAUAGUGUAAAUAUAAUAGCAUCUGGACAUAUAUUAAAUGUGCUAACCAGCCAAGAAAUCUAAAACUACAGUGUUCUCAAAAUUCAAACAUUUUUACUUAACUCAGAUCUGCCACGCAAUUACAUCAAGAAUAAACAAUGAAACUGCCAUUUUUCUCCACUGAAAAAUGUAAUAAGUUACAGGAUUCCACUCCAUUGGUGAUAUUAUUAAUCUCUCUUUCUAUACAAAUUAAUUUGUGAUGCACAUAAUGAAGUAAACUUCCAACAUUCAUAACAAGGCUUGUGAGUGAACAAUCUGAUGAUGUGUCUGUGUAGAGUUAUAAGUGAGGUUAUAUUGUAAGUGUAAACAUUAUGGAAUAUUAAAAGUGUAUGUGGUCAACAGCUUGUACCUAGCCUCAAAGAAAGGUGGCUUCAAAUCUAUAAUGCCAUAAAUUAAAAUUAAAAGUUUAUUCAUUAUAUAUAUUUUUAUACUGUAUCUGAAAUGCAAAUCCAAUUUUGUUUACCAUGUGUUAUUAAUCAGAAACUGAUGUAUUUUGAUGUUCAAAAAGGGAAAAUUAUAAAUUGGCAAUUAAUGAUAAAGAAUUAUCAUGGAAGCUACAUAAAGCUUACAACUUAAAGUUAACCUGAUUUUGAAUGUAAUGUUGAGACAGCCAGAGAUGCAUAAUUGGCAGAAUAAAGAUAAUUUGAUGCAAGAGAAGUUCAUUGUUGGUGUCA